AUGACUUCGUACAUUGAUGCAUCUUCACCAACAGGAAAUGGUCGUCGAAUACAAAUACUCAGUACAGAUUUAAUAUUUGGUGGUAUCGAUAAUGUAUUUAUUUAUCCAUCACUUGAUGUUGAUCGAUUACGAAAUGCUCUCAGUCGUACACUUUCAUUUUGGCCAAUUAUAACUGGUCGUAUUCUUGUCGAUAAUGAUGAUCAAUAUUUUAUUAAAUUUACUGACAAUUCUAUUCCAUUUACUUAUAUUGAAAAUGAUCAACUUGAACAAUGGCCAGAUCUUCCUGUUGUUGUUGAUGAUAUGACAUUAAUUCAACCAUUUAUUGAUUCAGUUCAAUAUAAACCUGAAAUUGAGCCACUUCUUCGAAUUAAAGUAACUCGUUUAGUUCGUAGUAAUGAAUAUAUUCUUGGUACAAGUUUUUUUCAUAUGGUUGGUGAUGCUUAUUCAACAAUUCAUUUUCAUAAUGAUCUUUCACAAAUUUAUCAAAAUCUUGAACCUAUUCUACCUCGUCCAGUUUUUGAACGACAUUUAUUAAAUAAAGAAGAUUCGAAAUUUUCUUUAUUACCUGUUUUAAAAUUAUAUCAAAAUACAGGUAAAAGAGAAGAUAUCUUAACUCGUCUUGGUAAAGAAUACGCAGAAACUGAUCCUAUUAAUAUGUCAUUUUCUUCUAAACAACUUGCAAAAUUACAUUCACUUGUUGAAGAUAAUAAUGAAAUAACAAUUCAUGAUGUACUUUGUGCUUAUAUUAUUUUUUUAAUGAACAAACAUUUAUUCAAUAGUGAAGAUGAAUAUAUUCAUCGUACUUAUAUGUACAUCAAUUAUCGAGAUGUAUCUGAUUCAUUGACACCAAAAGGUUAUAUAGCUAAUGCAAUAAUGCAACCAUUAUCUUCUGAUUUUCCAAAUCCUCUAUCUUUAUCAAGUAUUGCAAAAACAAUUCGACAAUUAAUUAAAACAACACGUCAAGAAGAUUUUCUUCAAAAAUGGGUAACUUCAGCUAAUAUUUUAAUGGAAAAAUUUAUAAAAGAUGGACAAGUCAAUUUUGUUUGGGAUAAAGAUGAAGCUAUAUUUAAUUCAAAUUAUAAAUAUGAUUGGGCAGAUCAAGUUAAUUUUGGUAUGAAAAAUCAAUGUCGAUUUCAUACAAUAGGAAUUUAUAAAUAUUAUUUUCGAAUUUUUCAAUUAAAUCCUAUUAAAGAAGAAAAUGGAAAUUGGAUUAAAGAUAAUGGAGGUGCAGAAGUAUCAUUUAGAAUUCCAAAAGGAGAAAUUAAAGAAAAAUUUUUAGCUGCAUGGAAUAAAGAUAUUCAAGAAAAUUUUUUGAAUAUCAAAUAA